CUGGCGGGUUUUUCGCAUAUCGACCGGUCUUUCUCUCCCACCCAAUGCCAUUCCUCACGUCCGCCCAUCUAACAAGUGCUCACCGCAAUGUAUCAGGAAAAUUUCCACUUUGAAGACGAUCGGUCGCGCCACAACGGUAUGAACGUAUCCUUCGGUUGAAGAGCCCCAACGCCAACGUGAUAAGCUAUUCACAUUGAAGUCAUAGGCUCAUUCUCGUUUUAGCGUCGUAGUGCACACCUCUCGACAAGCACCUUUUGCCACCACUACAUUAACACCAUGACGAUCUCCUCCGUCGUACAGAACGGCUUCUUCCAGGAUGGAAACCAACUCAUUCGCAUCCCUCCACGAUCAGCGGAAAAGGUGACGGCAGCUCGACGCCGCGCUCGCCUUGCCCGCGAAAAGUCCAAGAAGCGCAUGAACGAGCGCAGUCGACUACUGUGGACCACCGAGGAGCAUGAACGGUUCCUCGAAGCUCUGGAAAUGUACCCUUCAGGACCGUGGAAGAUCAUUGCCAACCACGUGGGCACCCGCUCGACAAGACAAGCGAUGACUCAUGCACAGAAAUACCGCCAGAAAAUCGAGCGUCGCAAGCAGAAACAGAUCAAGUUGAGCGCCGACGCCAGUAUGAGCAUCGCCCAACUCGACGCCUUGUUCCCGUGUUCACCAACUACCGUUGAUAAUAUCAACUUUACUAUCCCGACGGAGACGCCAAAGACAGUUGAGCAGAGCGACGCAGCAGCGGAAAUCGAUGACGUUGAACACGCAUUGACAAUGGAGUUUCUGGAUGAGUUCCAGCCUCUGACGAUCGACUGCGAAGAGCCUCUCACGAGUCUGGAAGGGUUUUCAAAUGACGAUCCGUUCUGGCUGGAUAUUGGGGCUAUUAGCGCUUCGAUCGCUUCUUCAACGGCAUCUCAACCGGCCGUGUGGGACAGCGAGACAUUCUCGCUCUAAUUAAGUUUUUUUUAGGACUAGGACCAAACUCGAGUGCCGAGUUACCAGAAUUAUCAGUAGACAGUAGAACGCAGUGAAAUGCUUUAUGAAUCAAAUCAAGAAGACGUUUGAGCAACCAUAAUCUAGAAUCUUAACACCUGGAUUAAUUCAAAUCUACAGAUAUAAA